AUGCCAGCAAGGCAUUGCUGGCUCUUUCGAUCUGGGCGAGCAGAGAGCUUUGGAGAAUCCCAAGUAGCAAAGCAUGUCACAAAUGAAUGCUCACUCUGUGGUGUUAGGGCAUCAAGAUCAAUUCACUCCGGAUGGGAGAUGUCCGGGAUAUUAGAUAGGAUGCGAGAUAAGAUGCUAUUGUACAGUAUGCAUAAGUUGGUUCUGGACCAGGCGCCCUACAUAUCGCGCUUUGGUACGCGGGUAUUGGCAGAAGCGAAACGAGGGUAA